AUGGGUACUCGUCCUCCUGCGAAAGCUGGCUCUUGGUAUGUGGGGCAGCCAGAUGAGCUGGAAGAGGAGCUCGAUGAGUACCUCGACAGUGUACCUGAGCAAGUUGAUGGCUCGAGUCUGCCGAUACCAGGCGCCAGGGUCAUCAUUGCCCCACACGCGGGCUUCACGUACUCCGGACCCUGCGCCGCGUGGGCCUACAGCUGCCUCGACCUGAGCCGGGCCAAGAGGAUCUUCCUACUCGGCCCAUCUCACACGUACUACCUAGCUGGAUGCGCGGUCACAACAUUCGACAAGUACCACACCCCGUUCGGCGACUUGGUGGUGGACCGGGAUGCCAUCCAGCGCGUCAAGGAAGCAGGCCGGUUCGCCGACAUUCCUCCUAGGAAGGACAUUGCCGAGCACUCGCUGGAAAUGCACACGCCAUACAUCUACAAGCGGCUGAAGCAGACCUUUGGCUCAGAGGCCAAGUUCCCGCCCAUUGUACCUGUGCUCGUUGGCGAUAACGAUCUGGAAGCGGAGAAGCAGGCUGCCUCUGUCUUUGUUUCCUACAUGAAGGACCCCGAGAACGCUUUCAUCAUCAGUUCCGACUUUUGCCACUGGGGGUCCAACUUCUCCUACACCGUGUACAGUCCCCAGAAUGACUGGCGGAAUCUCACUCGCCUGAGGCCAGGGGACAGGGCGCCAGCCGGGCCACCCAUCCACGAGACCAUCAGGCUGAUCGAUGAGGCGGCCAUGGACGCCGUCAAGGGAGGGAGCCAUGAUGAGUUUGUGGGCAACCUGGCGAAGACGGGUAACACUGUCUGUGGACGCCAUCCAAUCGGGGUUGCCAUGGCGACCCUCGAACAUAUCCGCGAGGAGGGCGCGACGCAGCAAGGCAAGUUCAAGGUUGUUCGGUACGAGAGGAGCACAUUGGUCAAGAGCCCAUCAGACUCGAGUGUGAGUUAUGUGUCUGCGUAUGCGGUGCUCUAA